UCUGAUUGGUCCUCCUGCCGGAAGCGGACAGGAAGUGAACAGGCAGCUUCAGCCUCAGUGUUCAUGUCAGAGAUUCACUGAGUUUUCUCCUGAGCUCAGUUUGACCUCAGUUCGCUGUGAAUGGAACAAAAUCAGUUGAUUUUAAAAACAGUAACUCGGUUUGUUCUGAUAUGUUUCUGCGCCGUGUUGAGGGCAGAGGAGCGGGCAGAUGACGGAGGAGGAUGGUUCUUAAAUUCAGAUUUCAGAUUAGAGGAUGAAGGUCCCUGUAACAUCGAUGUGUUGGACAGCUCCUCACUGUCUUAUCAGCAGUUCAUUGAAAGAUAUGCAUACAGCAGACCAGUCAUCCUCCGAGGCCUGACCGACAACACAAAAUUCAGGUCGUUGUGUUCCAAGUCCAGUUUACUCCGAGACUAUGGCGAGCGGAGAGUGCGGCUCAGCACAGCUAACACUUACUCUUACAGGAAAGUGGACGUCCCCUUCCAGGAGUACGUGGACAUUCUCCUGAGGCCUCAGUCGACUGACGCCCUCGGCAGCGAGACGCUGUAUUUUUUCGGAGACAACAACUUCACCGAGUGGCAGAGUCUGUUCGAGCACUACGAGUCUCCUCCGUACGUCCUGCCUCACACCAGCGGAGCGUACAGCUUCGGGAUCGCAGGUCCAGGAACAGGAGUCCCCUUCCACUGGCAUGGUCCUGGUUACUCUGAGAUCAUCUACGGAAGAAAGCGUUGGUUCCUCUACCCGCCUGAUAAGGAGCCUCACUUCCACCCGAACUACACCACCCUGUCCUGGGUGUCAGACACGUACCCCCACCUGCCCGAAGACGAGGCUCCGCUGGAGUGCACCAUCAGACCUGGAGAGGUUCUGUAUUUCCCCGACCGAUGGUGGCACGCGACUCUCAACCUGGACACCAGCGUUUUCAUCUCCACCUUCCUCGGCUGAGCCUCGGCUCCUCCGGUCCAGACUGACGGGAUCAGAAACAGACUCAGAGACAAAAGGUUUAAUUGAAUGUUUGAGGAGACUGAGCUGAUGAAGAGCUGUACUCUGUGUUUUGGACGAAGUGGGUGUUUAAUUUGAGGGACUAAUGAAAAGCAGCACAGUGACAUUCCAGGUGAUUCACCUGUGUUUUCUAAUGAUGAUAAUAAUAAAGUGAAUUUAAUGACCAAAGCAGAAACAGACUUAUUCUCACUUCUCUCUGCAGCUCAAACGUAGAAAACAUUUGACUUUGUCUCGACAUUUUUUGAAAAAAAAACAAAAUGAAAAUCAAACUCACCUGAGCUUUACGUUCCAGUUUUCACAUGACCUGAAUUCACCAAUGAACGAUGGUUUUACUGCAUACAAAUGAGCCGACUGAUCAAAGAUGAACGGAUUAGAUUUUGGUGGUUAAAGGUCAAAGGUCAAGGUCAUUGUGUAACUGGGCUGAUUCGAGCGCCUCCUCUCCGUCUGAGUCCACACAGAAACUUGAUCCAUCACCUGAUCUUCUAGAAGAAACACUUUAUGUUUCCAGAGAGUUUUUACGACCAGUAACACUUUUAAUUCAACUGGAUGAACGACUGCAGUGAAAAGGCAAAAAUAAAUGUUUUUGAAAAUGAAUUUAUUAGAAUUAAUUUACAUUUCUCUCUUUAUAGACAUGAUCAUUCAUUCAUUCAUUUAUAAAUAAUCAGCAGAUGAACUGACAAUGAAAACAUUUCUUAGCUGCAGCGCUAAUGUUCAAAUAAAGCUUCAUUUUCUUUAGUUCCUGA